AUGGGAGAAGAAGUCGCCGCGCUGCACGUGGCGGCCGCGUCACCGCCCGCCAGCGGCGUAUUGUCGCCUCGCAACGACUUUUUCGUCUCACAACGUGCCGCCACCGACUUCGAGCUGAGUCGUCUGGACACGCUGUCGCUCGAAGAGCAGGAGAUCUUAGCCAACAUCCAGGAGCUGCAACUGCAACUCAUGCAACUCCGCGCCGAGCAGGAGGAGGACAGCGACGACGACUCGACAGAUAAGCCACUCAAUUCCUCUGGCAACCAGCUCAUCGUCGUGUCCAACAACCUGCCAGUAUUACUCGAACGUCAGCCACAAACUGGACGCUGGAAAGCCACUAAAACCACCGGCGGAUUGGACAAACUCAUGUGCCUUACAGGCGUGCGAGCCGAAAUGAACUUCCUGUGGGUCGGCUGGGUAGGUCAGCAUAUCCCCAAGAGCGAACACGAGGCUGUUCGUCGCCUACUACUGCAACACAACUGCCUCCCUGUCUUCUUAUCUUCCGACGUGGCGUCAAGACACACAGGCUUCUCUUCCGAAGUGUUAUGGUCGCUAUUCCACUACGUAUCGGAGCCUGUUCCGUUCACUUUCAACACUGGCAACAGCUCGAGUUUCCAUCCGACCAAAAGGUUCAACAAACAAGACUGGAGAGCGUAUGAGUCAGCGAACGAGAGCUUCGCCGACGCUAUAGCCGAGAUGUACAACGAAGGGGACUCGGUAUGGGUCCACGACUACCAUCUCAUGUUGCUACCGUCUCUACUACGUCAACGGAUCCCUCUGUGUCGCAUCGGAUGGUUCUUACACACGCCAUUCCCAGCUUCAGACGUAUAUUGUCGUCUCCCUGUACGCUCCCAGCUACUGACGGGUGUUCUACAAGCAGAUCUUGUGGGUUUCCAGACGUUUGACUACGAACGUCACUUCCUUUCCACGUGUCAUCGACUUUUAGGCGUCGAAUGCUCACAUAAAGGCGUCCGAAGUGUCUCACCCGACCGUGACCACUUCACAUCGAUCGGUGUGUUCCCAAUUGGCAUCAGUUUGGAGCCAUUUGCACGUGCAGCAUCCAGUAUGCCCACACUGAAUCGCGUGAAUGAGCUACACGACAAAUUCGGCGGCAAACGGAUCAUUCUGGGCAUAGAUCGACUGGAUAAUAUCAAGGGAAUACCGCACAAGAUGUUGGCGAUGGAAAUGCUACUGGAUCGAUUCCCCGAGUGGCAACACAAUGUUGUUCUAGUGCAAAUUGGCAUCUCGUCACGUUCCGGAGUGGUUGACAGCAAGUCUACAGGCGCUAACGACAACACGCGACGUGCCAGUGCCAGUAGCGCCAGUGGAGACAGCAGUGCGCUGCUUCCUCGCUCCGCCUCGUAUCCUAUUGUAGGCCCAACAAGCUCCACGGGCAGUGACAGCCCUAUCAAGAGUCUAUCGGAGUCUCCACCCAAGGCUGCGAGUCCAAUGGCAGGCGGGAAGGGCAAUAUCGGCUACGAUCCGUGUCACCAACUCGAGAUGAGCUCGCACAGCUAUCACAAUAUCGUUACGCAAGUGAACCAGAUUGUCGGACGCAUUAACGGCAUCUUCGGGACGCUCGAUUACGCUCCGAUCCACUUUAUCCAGCAGCAAGCAACUCCGCAUGAAGAGUUGUGCGCAUUGUACGACUUGGCUGACGUUUGUCUGGUGACGUCGACUCGAGAUGGGAUGAAUCUCGUCUCGCACGAGUUCAUCGUGUGUCAGCAGCAUUUCAUGCGCAACAAAGACGAACGGAAGAAAGCAGCGCGUGCUGCAACAAGAAAGUUGAGUAGCAGUCUCACCAAGAGUGGCGUGCUGUCUCCCAUCCAAUCCCCAAGACAAUCGUCGGCGUCUGUGUUGACAGACUGGGAAGGCGAAGACGGAGGGCCCGGAGUGUUGGUGGUGAGCGAGUUCGCAGGCUGCUCCCAGUCUCUGAGUGGCGCUAUCGUCGUGAAUCCGUGGAAUAUUGAAGACGUCGCGUUGAGUGUUCACCAAGCGUUGAGUAUGUGUCGCACGGAGCGGGAGAUCCGUCAGCAGAAACUCUAUCGCUACGUGUCCUCGAACACGGCGUCAGCGUGGGGGGAGCAGUUCUUGGAAGAACUUAAUGAAGCAGUCGAGAAGAACCGCAAGUCGUCGACUCAACUGCCGAAACUGGACAGGAAAACCAUCGUCCGAGCGUAUCGAAGUGCGCAGAACCGCGUGAUUAUCUUGGAUUAUGACCGGACGUUGACACCGCAGCAUUCGCUGCUGCCUCUUGCAGCCGUUGGACCGAAUUUUAAGGCUCUACUUGACGCACUGAGUACGGACGAACGUAACACGGUGUUUAUCGUCAGUGGACGAGAGAGGAAGUUCCUGGAGACGUGGCUUAAUGGUGUACGAGUCGGUGUGGCAGCAGAAGAUGGAUUCUUCUAUCGUAUGAACUUGAGUAACACGCGCGAACAUUGGAAGACGAUGAGUAAGUUUCAGUAUGACGUCGCUACUGCUCGAUCGGGUGGUAGUACAGCGACGAUGGCGGGUGUGGGAAGUGUUAUUGGCAGUCUGGAUGCGUCGUACUCUAGUGAAGCGCACAGUAUGAUGCAUAUGAGCAUGGGGAGUCUGCCAGCGUAUUCUCGACACAGCUCUGUGCCCGGAUCUACAAAUACAGGAGACAACACACCAGUCGCGGGGAGUAUCGCGCCGACAGACGACUCAUUCGGUGGCGAUGAUAUGUCGUGGAAGGACUUAGUGCUGCCUACCAUGCUCACGUUCACAGACCGAACGCCAGGAAGCUAUAUCGAAGACAAGGAGAGCUCGUUGACGUGGCAUUAUGGCGACGCGGAUCCGCAUUUCGGUAGCUGGCAAGCGAAGGAUUUACAGAUCAUUUUAGAGCGACAACUCAUCGGUACAGCGCUGGAAGUGUAUCAGGGUCACAUGUCUGUUAGUGUGGAGCACGAAGGCUGCACGAAGACGCGGAACGACCAAGCUGUUGACUUUGUACUCUGUGUGUGCGACGACGUGACGGAUGAUCAAAUGUUCCAGACGUUGAAUGCGCUGGUAGCCGAGUCGAAUGAACGUCAUGACGAGAGGAAAAGAAAAGAAGAAGAAGAGGCAGAGAACGAGCGGAUCCGCAGGAAUUCCAUCGCGUUGAGUAGCUCUGCGUCGUCUCAGCUUCGUGCUCAGGCUGUGCCGUCUGCUGCGCACGUCUCAAAGGCGAAACCUCGCAUGCCACGUCCUCGAGGAAAUGGCGUGACGGAUGAGUUGGACCCGACAGUUAAACUCAAAGCAGUGAGAAGACGACACCACAACGAGCAGAUAAUUGGGGCAGCAGCUGCAGCAGUGCGAGGACAUGACGAGUAUUCCACCGACGACGAUGACGAGCUGGACGCUGGAGAUGUAAUGGAUGACGACAACAAGGUGGCGUUCAGUCGCUUACAGAAGGUGCCUGUGCGUUUGGCCGAGAACGUCGAGAUCUUUGCUGUUGUUGUGGGGCCGGAUGUUCAACAUAGCGGAGGUCGUCACGCGUGUUCGUUUGCAGUCGACUCGUUGGCUGAUGUGCGUAAAGUUCUCAAAGAGUUCGUGGAUGAAAGUCGCGAACGAGGAACAGCAGAUGGCGGAGAUGACAUAGCUUCGUUAUCGCCUCCGUAG